AUGUCACCUACAAAGCUAAUAAUAGUCUGCUGUCACGGGAUUUGGGCUGGUGGCCCAGGACGGGGCCUCGACGAAAGCGAAUGGCUCAUUGCGCCAUUUCAAGUGGGCGAGACGCCCACUUUUGUUGAACACAUCAAGGCGGGAUUGCGAGCGCUGAAGCAAGACAAGGAGGCAGUUUUGAUGUUCUCCGGCGGUCCCACACGCAACGAGACCAAGAUCAGCGAGGCCGAGAGCUACCACAACCUCGCCAUUGCCAAUUCCUACUUUGGCAUCUUGUCGGACCCGUCCGAGACAAGCCGCAUCGUCUCAGAGUCCCGGGCGCUGGACUCGUACUAUAAUGUGCUCUUUUGCCUGGUCAAGUUCUGGCAAGAGUGCCGCGGCCAUACCGCUGCCGACGACGACAAGGCCUGGUGGCCGGAGCGCAUCACCAUAGUCAGCCACGCCUUCAAGCGCGAGCGCCUCGUCGACUGCCACUGCGGCGCCAUUGGCUACCCGCUCGAUCGCGUCGACUUUAUCGGCGUCGACCCGCCGGGCAUGUUGGAUGGGAGCAAUGCGGCCGCCAUCCAGGGCGUCAUGAAGGCCGUGGCCGAAUGGAAAGAGGACCCCCACGGCACGGGGCCGAGCUUGGCGGGGAAGAGGAGGAAGAGAAACCCGUGGGGAGUACCCCAGGACCUCUUCUUGUCCGACGAGAGUCGUGGACGAAGCGGUGUCAAGACUAUACUGGUUGAUGGCGUUGAGGUAUUGGACCCGAAAGUCGAGCAGCCUUGGAGCCUACUCUAG